AGAAUAUCGUAGAAGAACUGUAGCUAAAAAGUUGCACACGAAAUUCGCAAGAACUCAAGACAUACAUUAUGGCUGUGUCUCUAAACUGGCUUUACCUGUGGACUUCAUUUGUUGUUAUAUUCAUAUGUUUACAUCAUGUAAAAGGUCAAUGUACUGGAUUCCCAUCUGAUGAGAGUACACAGUCUACAUCAUGUUCUGAUGCUUUAAAUGAUACCAGUGUAUGUACAUAUACAUGUUUAGAUGGAUAUGAGGCAUCUACAUCAUUGACAUCUACUUGUAAUGGUACUUCAUGGACGGUUGAUCCUGUCACAUGUAGUGAUAUCAAUGAAUGUUCAAACAAUAUUUGUCAGAAUGGAGGUACCUGUUCUAAUUCAGCAGGGUCAUACUCAUGUGACUGUGCAGGAAUUGGAUAUACAGGAGAUGUUUGUGAAACAGCAGUGAAUUGUGGAACUAUCACUAAUCCAGCACAUGGAGGCUCAACAUGUACAGGAACAACUUACAAUACUGUAUGUACAUUCAACUGUAAUACUGGCUAUACAUCAUCUGGGACAGAUUCUAGUACUUGUCAAGCAAAUGGACAGUGGAGUGCUCAUGAUUUCACAUGUGCAGCAGUGAAUUGUGGAACUAUCACUGAUCCACUACAUGGAGGCUCAACAUGUACAGGAACAACAUACAAUACUGUUUGUACAUUAAACUGUAAUACUGGCUAUACAUCAUCUGGGACAGAUUCUAGUACUUGUCAAGCAAAUGGACAGUGGAGUGAUCAUGAUUUCACAUGUGCAGCAGUGAAUUGUGGAACUAUCACUAAUCCAGCACAUGGAGGCUCAACAUGUACAGAAACAACUUACAAUACUGUAUGUACAUUUUACUGUAAUACUGGCUAUACAUCAUCUGGGACAGAUUCUAGUAUUUGUCAAGCAAAUGGACAGUGGAGUGAUCAUGAUUUCACAUGUGCAG